AUGGAGACACGCAAGAAUAAGGAUGCUCUGUUUUGGCGAGACAAGUCAUUUCCAUACUAUGAUGAUCUGUUUGCUUUAUAUGAUGGGCGUUAUGCUGAGGGAAGAAGCUGUCGCGGUAUGGAUCAUUAUGCCAAUAAGGCAAUAUCGCCUUCACAAGUCUCUCCUGAUGUGCAACCGCAGUCACCUAGUAUACCUGCUCCUGGUUUUUUCAGUUUUGAUAUUGAAGAGGAGAGGAAUGAUACUAAUUGGUUUGGUAAUGAUGCAUUUACUCCAUUGGGAACUUUCAUGCCUCAAGACAGACCAGAUGGACCAUCUUCCAUAAAUCUAGCACCACAUGUUCCUGAACAAUUUGAAGAAACUCUUCGUCACAGUACCCGACCAUCUAAUUCAACUCCAGAGGCAGUUGAUGGUAAGCGUAACAAAAGGCAAAAGACCAAGCACACUAUUACAACUGAAGAUUUUCAUGAGAAGUACUUGAGGCUGAAAAAAGAAGAGAUUGAACGAUUCGUUGCCAUAGAAGAGAAGAAGCUAGAUGAUCCUUUCAGUAUCAAGAAAUGCAUCACUGUACUUGAGGGGCUUAGUGAGCUACAAACUGGAGAUAUGCUAAAAGCAGCAGACAUCUUCAAAGACAAUCCGUCAAACAGGGAAGUUUUUCUCUCAUUUGGUUGUGAUGCAUUACGAGUAGGAUGGUUGCUUAGACAAAUUUAGAUUACCUAACUGAUAUUGGUACACUUUUGGUUCAUGUGCAUAUAUGCUCACAUGAUUAGGAUUAGCAUCCUGUAGUGACUGGUUUACAGUACCUGUCACUGUCUUUUGUAAAGUAGAAGCUAACUAGGUAUUCUAAUGCCUAGGAAUGUUAAGUUACAUUGUAGUACAUCAUUAUCGCUGAAUUGUACGUCUGGCAAUGU